AUGCUACGUUCGUUUUCUACUUCGUCGCUCCCCCUUGGGAUGCUCCUCAAGCCGCUGUCAUGGGUUACCGCCGGCCCUCAGAGCGCUGCAUACGCUGCGGCGCUGGGCCUGGUCGCCAUCCAGGUCGGCAUUGGCAUUAUCAUGAAGGCGUCGCAAUCCGGCGGCACUUACACCUUCUCCCCCUCCGCCUCCGUCACGAUAUCCGAAUUCCUCAAGAUGUGCCUGUCGCUGUGGUUCUUCUACCGAGAAUGCCGCCAGCGCGCGGCGGACGGCAUUCGGCCAUCGACAAGAGGUGGAGGCUCGGGGUAUAGCUCGCUCGCUGGUUCCGAUCUGCCCACAAUGGAAAGGAGUAGCAUGGAGGAGAAGGAGAGGUCUGAUGGAGUGGAGGUGCCCGGCGAUGUUGCGCCGAAAGCCAAAAUACUCCCGCAUCUCAAUGUGCGGACAUACUGGAGCUACAUCAGGGGGGAGGUGACCGAGAAUGUUCGGUAUGGCUUCUGUAACCUGGCACUCUUCUAUGUGCUCAUCAACAACUCGAUCUUUGUUUCCUAUAAGCUGGCAGACCCUGGAACGAUCCAGCUUACGAAGGCUGGCGUUACGUUCAUCACCGCCUUGGUGAUGAUCGUGACGCUUAAUGCCAAAGUAUCCAAGAUCCAGUGGAUCGCUAUUAUCAUUCAGGUCUGCGGGUUGAUGGUCACACAAUACAACCCUGAGACCGGCGCCACCUACUCCUUCGGAACUUAUUUCCUUCUGAUCUUCCAGGUGUUCCUGAGUGCAUCAUCUGGCGUGUACAACCAGGCUCUAUUGAAAAGCGACGAGUCAAGCUUGCAUGCAGACAAUAUGAUUCUGUACGCAGCAGGCUCUGUUGUCAACCUGAUGGUCCACAUCAUGCUUAGCAUGUUCAAAGAGGACGAGCCGGGAUUUUUCGAGGGCUACAAUAGCUUUGGAGCAAUCAUGGUUAUUGUCAGCAAUGUUUUCAUCGGCCUGGCGAUCACCGCGGUCUAUAGAUACGCCGACGCCGUCAUCAAGUGUUUUGCGACUGCGUUCGCAACGGCGAUUCUCCUGUACAUCUCACCGAUUCUGUUUGGCACAUCUCUAAGCUUCCUUGUGAUACCCGGCACUAUCGUCGUCUUUAUUGCAUCAUGGCUGUACAUGGACAACCCGCCGCCGAAGGAUCCGAAUGCUCCGCCUCCAAGCAGCGAAGGCAAGAGCUCGUGGCAAGUCCUACAACAAUGGGGCAAGUCCGUGCUCUUCGUCUCGACACUCUUCACCGUGGUUGUGUCAGUUUUCCUCACCAUGUUCGCCUCGACACUAGGGGACAUAAAUGUUGGCAAAGGUGAACCGAGCACCCCUAAGACACCCACGCACCCCUCGACCAAAGGGGAAAUCCUUAUCUCGCCCUUCAACAACACCCUUGCCAUGGUCCGGUGGAACUCUGGCCGGCCGGAGAGAAUCCCCAUGAUUAGGAAAUACGAACCCUUCUUCCACUCGAUACAUAUUUCCAUGCCUGACAGCAUGCCAAACCAGACCGAGAAAUAUCACAACAUCACCAACGAUCAGUACGAGGACGCAUUCCUCAUUUACCAACAAGUAGCGCGAACCAUGCAACUUGCGCUGGACACCCAACCCGAUGUUGAGGGUCUAUUGUACUACCACUUCGAUGCAUGGAUCGACCCUCUCGCAUGGGCGUCCUCAGAUUUCGAGAACAUCUGGUAUCCCUCCGUGGUUGAUGCAAGGGAGAGCGCAUUUGGAGGACCCCAAUUUACGUGUAUGAAUGAUAGUUCGAAAUACAACUGGUGGGGGUGGGCCAGGAACUACCACCAGGACGCCCUGUCCGCCAUUGCCGCCAUCAACGACGACAGGCCUCCUUUCCGCCGGGAUCAGUUCUGCCUCGGCUGGAGCGACAUCUACUAUGUCCCACGACGCUUCUUUACCGACUUUAUUACCCUCUCCGAGAUCUUCGUACGCUUCACGGUCAUGCACGAGGUGGCGAUCCCGACUAUCCUACACGUCAUUGACGAGACGCGGCGCACCAACCGCUUCAUGCCAGUACUGGAUCGGUUCGGCGACUGCUGGGGCUCAUGUUGUGCGUCGGGCCCGAAGGCUGAGGACGUAACGUGGACGAGAUGUGGCCAUAAGCUCGACUAUAGGAACGAACCUGUUGUCAACGCCUUCUACGACAAGCUCGAUGGCCAGGCCGCUAUGCUUGGAACAAAAGGAGAGGUGAUUGGGGGCCCUUGA